AUGCAAACAUUACGCUUCCAUACAAACAGAAUUUUUGUACUUGUUUCAAUUAUAUUUUUUAUUCUAUUUCUUAUUAUUGCACAUCAAAAAUUAUUUAAAUAUGAUGAUUAUGAUGAUUUUAAUGUGCACCAUAAUUAUAAAGGAAAAUUGGAUUUCAAAGAUAAAAAAUUAGAAAGACAUUUUGGUGAACAGGCAUCAUUUCCAAAACAAGGAUUACCACAUAUUAAUGAAAUUGUUGUUGAUUAUAAGUCAUUGAAUGUAGAUCGCAAUAUAAAUUAUAAUGUUGUUAGUAAAAUUAAACAGUAUAUGGAAAAAGUAAAUGUUGAAAAUUUAAUACAAAAUGAAUGCCCAAUAAAUAUAACAUUAGAAGAACAUUGGAAAAUGACUAAACAUCGUCAAGUACCCAAAGGUGAUACAUGGGAAGUAUUUUAUAGUAAAAUUGGUUCAUGUAAUUUAUAUCAAGAAGAAUCAUAUAUGAAAAAAUUAUUACAUGAGUUAAGUACAUUAAAAAUAAAAACUGUCCAUGUAAUGGAAGGUGGUACACAAAUUAAAUUAUUAUUAACAUUUAUAAAUGAUAAACAAGCAGUUUUUAAACCAAUGAGAUUUGGUAGAGAUUAUGAAACCGAUGAAAAUCACUUUUAUUUUAGUGAUUUUGAAAGACAUAAUUCUGAAAUCGCAACAUUUCACCUUGAUAAAAUUUUAGGAUUUAGGCGAGCUGUUCCAACUGUUGGUAGAGUUGUUAAUUUAACAUCAGAAAUUCUUGAUAAUUCUGAUAGAAAUUUAAGAAGAACAUUUUUUAUAUCACCUGCUAAUAAUCUAUGUUUUGUAGGAAAAUGUGAUUAUUAUUGUGAUACAACUCAUGCUAUUUGUGGUUCUCCAAAUUUAAAAGAAGGAUCUGUUCAAGUGUUUUUACCUGAUGAAGAUGCUGUACCAAGAAAACACUCUAGAUCACCUUAUAGGAGAACAUAUUCUAAAAAAAGAUUAUUAGCUACAUGGCAAACUAAUAUGAAUUAUUGUACUUGGAAUGUUAAAUCAAAAAAAAAAUAUGCUCAUGGUAGAAGAAUAUUAGAUAUGGUUGAUACUCAUAUAAUGGAUUUUUUAAUUGGUAAUCAAGAUCGCCAUCAUUUUGAAACUUUUAAUAUUUUUGAAAAUACUCCACCAUAUAAUAUUCAUAUAGAUAAUGGUAGAGGAUUUGGUAAAACAAAUUUUGAUGAUGAAGAUAUUUUGUUACCAUUACGUCAAUGUUGUGUAAUACGGAGUUCAACACUAGUAAAAUUAAUGACAUUAUAUACGGGUGAAAAAGGUCUUACAGAAACAUUACAUGAAUCAAUGUCCCAAGACCCAGUUCAACCAAUAUUAGCCUAUAAACAUUAUCCAGCAAUGGAAAGAAGAUUAAAUUAUAUUAUGAAUACAAUAUUAGAAUGUUUAGAUAAAAAUAGUGAUAAUCCUGCUAAUGUAAUAAUGGCAGAAUAUCAUAAUGAUAGUGUUGCAAGAUCAAAAAAUGGUGAAAUGAUAGAUGAUGAUGAUUUAAAAGAUAGUUAA